UUCGUUAUCAUAUUUGACCUUUUUAUAACCCUUUAGUUUUAUAACGUAUAAUUUACUCCUUCGUUUGUAAAGUUUUGUGAAAAUGUCGAAUUUAAACAAAGUUGAUUUUGUUACGGGCAUGAGGAGGUUGUUUUAUGUUGUGUCCCCGAAUGAGACUACGUUUAGAACACCGGAAGAAGUGCCAAAGUACAUAAAUGAGGCUACGCCAUUUUUCUUUGUGUUUAUGGCCAUUGAGACGGUGAUUUCGAUAUUAAAACAAGACAAAAAGGUUAGAAUGAAUGAUGCUUUCACUUCACUUAGCGCUGGAAUGUUUUCUCGAUUACCUUUACUUAUUACUCGAUCUAUUACAAUAGCAGGCUACUCCUGGGUUUACGAUCACUACUGUAUCAAAGAGUUACCCUGGGAGAGCCCCUGGGUUUGGUGGUUUACCUUCCUGGGAGUGGACAUGGCCUACUACUGGUUCCACAGAUUUGCUCAUGAGGUGAAUAUUAUGUGGUCUUUCCAUCAAACACACCACAGUUCGGAGGAUUAUAAUUUUUCUACGGCCCUCAGACAGUCUUGGUUGCAAGUUUACACAUCAUGGGUGUUUUAUCUACCAAUGGCUCUAUUUGUUCCCCCAGCUGUGUUCCUGGCACAUCAAGAGCUAAACAUUCUAUACCAAUUUUGGAUACAUACCCAGUAUGUGAAAAGUCUAGGACCUUUAGAAUAUAUAUUCAACACACCGAGCCAUCACCGUGUACAUCAUGGAAGAAACCCUUAUUGUAUUGACAAAAACUACGCCGGUACUCUCAUUAUUUGGGACAGAUUAUUUGGAACAUUUGCAGCUGAGUCAGAAGAAGUAGCAUAUGGACUAACUCAUCCUCUCAAUUCAUUUGAACCAUUUACUGUUCAGUUCGGCUAUCUAAAGUACCUUCUUGGUAGAGCAUUAGAUAUGAAAGGCGUUACAAAUUGGGUAAAGAAUUUCCUGUACGGACCUGGCUGGCUUCCUGGCAAACCUAGAACAGGGGAUAUAAAUGAUAUACCAAAGAUCGAGAAACCGGUUAAAAGAUAUUCUGUGCAGUUGCCACAAUGGAAGUCAGUUUAUGUGUUUAUUCAUUUCCUAUUGUUUUCCAUUGCUUAUCAAGAGUUAAUGGCAAGACGAGCUACUUUAUCACAGACGUCUGUUCUGAUAUUUCUGGUGUACUGUUUCUACAACCUUACAUGUUUUGGCCGUUUGUUCGACGACAGGUUUGAAUUUUCAAUUUAG